AUGCCGGCAGAGCAGUUCCAAGAGGAGCACUUCCCCGAGAGACAUUUCCGCGAGGGGCACUUUCGCCUCGUCCUUGCCUUCGCCGCCUUCGGCCACGCCUGGUUCCACGUUCUGGUCGCACUGUUCCUGACCCUGGUGCUGGUGCUGGAGCCGGCCUGGGAGCGCCCCUAUGACGAUCUGAUCGGGCUGUGGACGGCGGGCGCUUUCCUGUUGGGGCUGGCCGCCCCGGCCGCCGGGUGGCUGAGCGACCGCUGGGGCGAAGCGCGGAUGAUGGCGGUCUAUUUCCUGGGGAUCGGCCUGGCGGCGAUCCUCUGCGGGCUUUCGGGCAGCCCGCAGCAGCUUGCCGGCGCCCUCGCGCUCAUGGGUCUGUUCGGGGCGAUCUAUCAUCCGGUCGGGACCGCCUGGAUCACCAAGCAUGCACAGCGGCGGGGCCGCGCCCUCGCCCUGCUCGGCCUCGCCGGCAGCAUUGGCGCCGCCAUCGCCUCUCUCAUCGCCGCACUGCUUGCCCUUGCGCUCGGCUGGCGCCUGGCCUUCAUCCUGCCGGGCGCGGUCUCCGUGGCGGCGGGCCUUGCGCUUGCCGCCCUCGUCGCCGGGGGGCGCAUUGUCGACACCGCCGACGACGCGGUCGCCGGAGGGGAGCCCGGCCGCCCGGAACGGCGCCGCGCCUUUGCCGUGCUGGCCGUCACCAUGUCGCUGACGUCGGUGGUCUACGUGGCUUUCACGACCAUGCUGCCAAAGUGGUUCGAGCGCGAACUGGGUGCGGGGUCCGGCGACGGCCAGCCGGGGAGCAGUCUGGUGGAGAACGGCAUGCUGGGAGACGGUCUGCUGGAGGAAAGGCUUCUGGGCAUCGGUGCGAUGGUCACCCUGGUCUAUCUGCUCGGCGCGACGGCUCAACUCUUCGGCGGCCACCUCGCCGACCGGGGCCUGGCCCGCCCGGUCUACAUCGCAAGCUACGGCUUCAAGCUCGCCGUCCUGCUAGCCGCCGCCGCGCUCGGCGGCUGGCCGGUGGUGAUCGCCGCCGCGGUGAUCCUCUUUGCCUUCGACAUCGCCGCCCCGGUGGAAAGCGUGCUGAUCGCGGGCUUCACGGCGAGCCGCCGGCGCGGCCUUGCCUACGGUCUGCGCAACGGGAUCGCCAUUGCCGCCGGCCCGCUGGGCGUGCAGCUUGUCGCCUGGACCUUCGACGAGGCAGCCGGCUUCGCAACGCUCUUCCUGGCCCUUGCCGGGAUCGUCGGUAUCCGCGGCGAGACAACACACGCCGAAGGAAGCCGCACGGACCAUCUGAAGCGGCGCGCGUUUGAACAUCGUGGUGAAGCUGCUGGGCGUGCGGUAGCCGAGGUCGAUCGCGACCGUCGUGAUCGCCUCGCCCGCCGCCAGACGCUCCAGAGCCACCGCCAGACGCAGUUGCUGACGCCAGGCCCCGAAAGACAUGCCGGUGUCCAGCAGGAAGCGGCGCGCCAGGGUCCGCUCGCUGAGGUGGACGGCUUCCGCCCAAUGCCCGAGCGGACGGUUAUCGGCAGGGUUGGCGCGCAGCGCCUGCAUCACCUUGCGGACGCGGGCGUCCUCACCCUGCGGCAGGCGCAGCGGCGUGGCCGGCAGGGCGACCAACUGAUCCAGCAGGACGGUCAUCAGCCGGUGUUCGCGCCCAUCGGGCGCAUAGUCCCAAGGCAGGCGGGCGGCGGCAUCGAUCAACUCGCGGGUCAGCGGGUCGAUCUGCAUGACGGUGGUCUGCCCGGGCAGCUCGCGGCAGUGGUCGGGCGCGACGAAGAGGCCGCGGAACGCAACCUCCCGCGGAUAGUCGACGGCAUGGGGGGUUUCCGGCGGCAGCCAGACCGCCCGGUGCGGCGGCACGACAAAGAGUGCGUCGCGGGUCCGCACGGAGGCGCAGCCCCGCAGGGCAUAGACCAACUGGCCGCGGCGAUGACUGUGCCAGUCGAGGCUGCGUGGGCCGGGGUCGUCCCAAUGCUCGCCCACAAUGGGCGCAGCGGCCCUGUCAGCCGGGUGAUCGGCCAAGUGAUCGGCGAAGUGAUCGGCAAAGUGAUCGGCCGGGCCGUCGUCCGAACCAUUCAAGCGCAACGACGCGGCGGGCAGAGCGAAUCGCCGGCAGGACCCCUGAGCCGCCGGGGUUGGACAGAUGGGAUUGGAGAGAACGGAAUGACGGAACCCGGACACAGGCGGUGGAUGUCCGCCGGCACCGCCGCGCUGGCGGUCUGGCUGGGGGCCGCUGCCCCCGUCGGCGCACAGACAAUCACCGCCCAGACAAUCAUCGCCCAGACACCAAGCGGCGAUCCCUCCGCCGGCGAGCGGGUCUUCCGGCAGUGCGCCGCCUGCCACACGGUCGAGCCCGACCGCCACCGGGCCGGGCCCUCGCUCUACGGCAUCUUCGGCCAGAGCGCCGGGGCGGUGGAGGGCUUUCGCUACUCCCGCGCCAUGCAGGAGGCCGAGAUCGUCUGGGACGAAGAGACCCUGACCGCCUAUCUGACCGAUCCGAACGGCUUCCUGCCCGGCACCACCAUGCGGAUCGCCUUGCGCAAUGCCGAGGAUGUCGAUGCGCCCGAGGACACCGCGCUGCUGUGGGUCCUGCGCGAACACCUGGGCCUCACGGGCACCAAGUUCGGCUGUGGCGCCGGCAUGUGCGGGGCCUGCACCGUCCACGUCGACGGCGUCCCCACCUUCGCCUGCCUGACCGCCGUGGGCGAUGUCGCCGGUGCGGCGGUGACGACGAUUGAAGGCUUGGGCGAAGGCCCGGGCGAGGGCCCGGAGGGUGAGGCGGAUCACCCCCUGAAGCGGGCCUGGGUGGCUGAACAGGUGCCCCAGUGCGGCUAUUGCCAAUCCGGCCAGAUCAUGCGGGCGGCGGCCCUGCUGGAGGAGAACCCCGAUCCCAGCCGGCAGGAGAUCCUCCAGUCGAUGAGCAGCAACCUCUGCCGCUGCGGCACCUACAACCGGAUCGUCAAAGCGGUGCAGCGCGCCGCCAGGGAGGCUUGA